CCGCAGACAGUCGUAGAAUUAAAAAGGAAUCUUCUGGUGUGAAUCUCCGCUCCGGUGGUGAAAACCUAGAGUCAGCUAACGACAGCUAGCGAGCAUCACCCGCCUCAGCCACCCGUCAGCAUUGAGGGGAAGUUUGGGCAAAACAACUGUUCUGUAGCCAAGUGAGAAGAGAAACGACGGCCGACACCCUUCCAGGAUGAGCGGUGAUGAACUGAACCCAGCAGCAGUGCCUCGGCCUGUAGAGGAUGUACAGGGAGAUGGACGCUGGAUGUCACAGCACACACGGUUUGUACAGGAGUGUAAAGAUGCUGAGCCAGAUGUGCUGUUUGUGGGAGAUUCAAUGGUUCAACUAAUGCAUCAAUAUGAGGUCUGGAGGGAGUUGUUCUCUCCUCUUCAUGCUCUCAACUUUGGCGUGGGAGGCGACACCACCUGUAAUGUGCUGUGGAGGCUGCAGAAUGGAGAGCUAGAGAAUAUCCGUCCCAAGGUGGUGGUGCUGUGGGUAGGAACCAACAACUAUGAACACACAGCAGAGCAGGUUGCAGGAGGUAUUCUUGCUAUUGCUCAGCUGCUCACUUCCCGCCUUCCUAAAGCAAAGAUUGUAGUCCUGGGUUUGUUGCCUCGAGGGGAGCGUCCAAACCCACUGAGAGAGAAGAACACAGCAGUAAACGGGUACCUGCGCUCCUGGCUACCUCGUCUGGGCCAGGCUCAGUUCCUGGAUGUAAGCGGGGACUUUGUCCACUCUGACGGGACCAUCAUCCCACAGGACAUGUUUGACUUCCUCCACCUGACGUCUUCAGGCUACCGCACCAUCGCCAAGCCCCUCAGCGACCUACUGCUUCAGAUACUGGAGGAGACGCCAGAGGAGAGGCGGGCAUCGCUGGUUUAAGGGCGAAUGGUCGAUCAGCAUGUUUACCCAGAGGCGUGUCUCACCUGCUGCAGGGAGACAUGUCUCUGGUUUCUGGAGGAGGAAGAGCUCACUUACAGGGGGGAGGAGACACCCUGAUGUGAAUGGGCUGUCAAGGGGUGGGGGAUUAAAAUCAUGAAUGGAGGGUCGGGUGUGGAGAGGUGCUAAAGAGGGAGAGAGACCUCACUACAGAUGUAGACACUGUGAUCGUUCGUUGUUUAAGCAUUUAUAUAGGUCAAACUACUCAGAAUCAUAGACAGAUACUCUGAGAUCAUGAGGGACUGCAGUGGCACACACAAACAGAUUCAUCCUGCCUUGUAGAUAAAGAAUUUGCUUCCUCCUGUCACCAGUCUCAGGGGGAAAAGAUGGUUUCUCCUUACUCCCUCCUACCAACAGUCAACUGUACACGCUCUGUUCAAACACAAAAGAUCCACUACAAAAGAUUCUCACAGUAGGCAGAAUAUUAUCUAAUAUUGUACAAUGUCUUAUGUCUAACCAGUAUGCAACAAAGUAACUGUUCCCAACCUAGCCACAGAAAUACAGACCUGUGUCCAUUGCUGUUAUUUUCUUAUUUGCACUGCUAGUGCCCAUUUUCCAGUGCUCUUUAGUGUUACUUCUCCUUCACUGACCAAUCGAAAUCAAGAAGGGGCAGAACUUCUCAUAUCAUCAACAGAGGUGGAGGUGUAACUAAGACUGGGCAUACACCGUCACUUCAUUUUAGUUCUAUAAAAAUUGUGGUGGAAUAUCAUGACAUUAUGCACGUCUGAAUUGUUUAAAGUGCACAACCAAAGCUUGAUUUAUUUGCUUGCACUGUUCGGUACAAUGUUCAGGCAGAACCUGAGUGCAGACACUUUGGUUAAAUCACAACAGGCUGUGAUCUGUGUUUCAAAGCACGCUGCUUCUUGCAUGUGGGGACAUGAUGCACAGAUGUAGAGCUGUUGCUUUUACCAGGACAGGAUUUUUAUUUGCACUAUUUUUAGGUUUUUCUUGGUAAUAAUUCUGUGAAUAAAGUGAAAGCACAAGCUCAGUUCGCCCAUUUUUAAACAAACCAAAUGAACACCAAUCAGUGUAGCAGAAGUCAUCUAGCAACAAUGAACCCUGGUAGGCAGCACUCUGAGGUUGUGGGCGCUGCCAGUGCAAAAAACGAUGGUAAUGGACACUACCUAGUGGUAGACAUCACAAGUCAUGUAAGGGUUAAAAAGGGAAAGAAAAUCUUCAGUUGUAUCUCAUUUUUUUCUUUUCUGAUGGAACUCUGCACACUUCUACCUCUGAGGCUUCGAAAUAUCCUGAAAAUGAAGAAAUUUAAUAUUUGAAGUCCUGACGCAAAAGGUUUUUUUCUCACACUUUGGUGAAUUUGCCUAAAAUAUAAUCAUGGAGCAAUUAAUUUAGAUGAAUUUACUCUGAUGAACUCAGUCGUUUCUGUGAUAUUUAACACAAACAAAAGCACUUACUCCCAAAAGUACUUCUCUGCUAAAUUACAGUGUGCAACUUUUUAGAUACCUUUCAAAAGAAUUGAAAAGAUCAUUGUAUACCACGGUGACACCUUUCUGUCCACAGACCACACAUACAGAGAAUAUCACUUAAAGGUUCAACCUUAACGUCGGUGUUGGCUGCGUGCAUGUUUUAAGCAUCAGCUUUAGAGAAGAUGAAAAAUAGUAAACAUCAGUUAUGUAAUCAAACAUAUGAAGUUAUUUUAAGCUGUUGAAACUUCACGUCUAAUUAUCUUCAUAAUUUUGCAAAUCACAUCUGACCCUGCUGCUUCUAUUUGUGGCAUCUUAAACUUCCAGCACGUGUAUUAAUAGAGGAAGAACGGAUUCUGGGUCAGAUCAUCAGCUUUGUCUUCAGAAUAAGUUUACAUUCAAAAUGUUUUGUAACGCUAACUGCCAGCUUUUUAAAUGUGCUGUAGGAGGACUUAUUGAUUGUGUCUUUAGUAGAUGUUGAAUUACAUAUUUUUAUAAAGAAGAUACUUAAGCACACUCCUGCUAGGCAAUGAUAUUCCACUGUCAUAAUACAGUGAUGAAAAAAAAGUGUUUGUCCCUUAUACACCAGUCCUCCUGCUUUUAGCUCACAUUACUCAUCGUAACAUGAGAUAUGGUUAAGAUAGGCAGUAGUUUCUUUUUAAAUGUGUAUCUUUCACUAAACUCCAGAGAUUGACAGUCAGACACUAAACUAAUAAACACAGGCUCUCUCUCUCUCUCCCUCUCCCUCUUUUAUCAUUUUCAGUAUUUUCUCCAAGAAGCACCUCUUUAUUUCGUUGCUCACCAUCUUAUUUGUUUCUCUCCCUGCUGUUUUUGUAUUGACCCCCCCGGGACCUGUCUUCUCUUCUUGCUGAAAUUAUGGAAUAUUUUAGGACUUUGAAGUAGCCACAUGUUUAAGCUACAAAACAUAGCUGUACUGAAAAUUGUCACGCUAAAAGCUAAAAAGCAAUCACAGGUCUUGUAAAGAAAACCAUUCGUCCGUGAGCAUUAACUGUAGCUGUUUCCUCUUGACUUGGCUUUUGUCGAGCAUCAAAUUAUCCGACAUUACUGCUGUCUUAAGCUCUGCACAUCUGCGUGCUGUGUUAUAAAUAGUGUAUGUGUGCGUGCCUUAAGUGUUAAUGGGGACGGUUGUGUAGAGUAUGUGUGGUGCUGGAUUGUGUAAGUCAGUGGGAUGUAUGAGUGUCUAGAAGUGACCCCAUUUGUAAAUAUAAGACAUGAAGCUUGAUGAGAUGAUGAUUGAAGGAGACCGUGUUUGGUGCGAUAAUGCAUUUGCACUGUUUUGGCUCGUUGUCACAUAAAGCAUUCCAAUAAUAAAAAACAAAAC